UAUUACCUGAUGGGCUCCCGUAAGUCUGCUUUAGCGACUAAAGAUAAAGUUAUACAAAAAGAAGUUGUAAAAAAUAAAUCUAAAGUACCUUUAAAGAUUGACCGAAUUUUCAAAGUUAUCAACCCUAGCGCAUUUACGGCGGACCUUUUUAAGGUGACAUGGUUCAAAGAAGAGACAGUACUUAUAGGAACCUGUGACGAAAGUCAAAGAAAUAAGAUUGCAGCCUUUGAUUUGGACCAUACGCUGGUAACCACUAAGAGCGGUAAAGCUUUUUCGGUAAACGAAAAUGAUUGGAAAUUUACAUUUCCAGUAGUUGUCGAAAAGCUAGAUUUUCUAUACAAAAACGGUUAUAAAAUAGUUGUUAUAUCAAAUCAACUUGGAAUAACCAAAAAAAAAGUCCCUGAAUUUUUUUUGAAGAAAAAAGUUGCGCAAAUUUUAAAGGCGGUUGGCGUACCAGUUCAAUGUUUUCUGGCCACGGCAUUAGAUAAAUAUAGAAAACCACUACCUGGAAUGUGGUCUCUUGUUCAACUGUAUAACAAAGUGAACAUUGAUUUAUCUAAAAGCUUUUUCUGUGGAGAUGCUGCUGGAAGACCUGCAGCAGGAUGGGAAGUGGGAGCAAAAAAGGACUUUUCCGAUUCGGAUCGCAAGUUUGCUUUUAACGUUGGACUCACUUUCCACACCCCUGAGGAGUUCUUCUUGAACGCGCCCCCGCAGCCCUUCCAGUGGAAAGGGCCCGACCCAAAGUUGCUUCCUCUCUCAACUAGCCGCGCUCCUCCUUUUGUCCUUGAAAAGGACUCUUGUGAACUUCUUAUUAACGUUGGCUCCCCAGGUGCAGGAAAAACUUUUUUUACUGAAAACUUUUUAGUGCCUUUUGGAUACCGUCGAAUCAACCAGGACACACUGAGGAGCCUGCAGAGAUGCCUGGAUCUUUGUGAUCGUCUUCUUGGGAACAGAGAGAAAGUCGUGAUUGAUAACACCAAUGCGGAAUCGAGCAAGCGGGGUCUCUUUCUUGCCCUCGCCCGGAAGCACGGCGUUGCAGCGCGGUGUCUGUACUUCAGCACGAGUCGCGACCUCUGCAGACACAACGACAUCUUUAGGGAGCUGACGGCGGGCGGGCGACCUCGCGUGGGUGACAUCGCUUUAAAUGUGUACCAGAGAAGAUUUGAGAUGCCCACCGCUGACGAGGGUUUCGAAGCAGUCAUCGAAGUGCCCUUCGAAGUCAGAUUCAAAGCGGAUCAAGUGCGUGAAUACGAGCUCUACUGUAAGUAUUUGACAGCUUAAUGGAAAGCGCAACUUCACGUGUGGAUCAUGAACUAUAAACGGUCAAUAUCGAUAUAUUUCUAUGCUGUAAAGAGACGGCUGGUGAGUAAGUGUGCUUCAGGCGGUGUGUGAGGGCUGGACAGCUUAAUAAAUCCAGGCUCCGCAACGCCUUUAUUCGUAGUAAACACACACCCCCACGCGCUCUCACUGCUUUGCAGCGCGUGGUAAAUCUCAUAUCGGUAACUUUGGAGUUGCAGCGUCCCUUCAAGUGUCGGGUGUUCUGUUAUUGCACGUAAGCAACACAAUCCGCAGCACUAUAUAUAAACGA